AUGGCUUCGACCGUAGCUACGACCAUGGCACAUCAGAUGCCGCCCAUGCCUCUUCCUGCAAUGCCACGGAUACGACCGCCUCGCAUGCUCAAAGGCACAAAGAGCCCCAACACAGACCCUCAACCCCCAGGCGCAGCUCCGAAAGGAAAGUGGUGGGUGCAGGGAAGAUGGCGAAACAAGGGAUCCAAUGCCGGAAAACAUGUCGAGCAGACGCAAGCACUACAGGUCGCAAAGGCGUUACGGCACGAGACGCACGGUCUUGAUAUAUACGCAUACCGACACGUAAGGACAAAUCAGGUUGUCUACAGCUUGACCAGGACGUUGCAGGAAGGGAAAAUCCUCAAGCAACUAGUUUUCCACGGCAAGAAGACGGUACCAGCAUCAGUCCGGACCGACACAUGGACGCCGUACUUUUCCAUACACUUCCCGCCUACUCCCGCCGGUGCACUCAGUGGGCUCUUUGCGUUUCAGAAGCUCCGCGAACUCAGCUUACAACGACAACUCUCGCCGCCCGAUGACCUGAUUCGCGUGACAGAGGAAGACGUUCAGAUCAUAAAGUCCAAGAUCGGCACCCCGUUGGAGCUACAAGAAUUACAAGCUCAUGACCGACUCACUGCCCAGAUCCCCAAGGUCGGAGAGAUCCUGCCCAAGAAGCUCCGUGGGCGGCGGUUGAUGGAUCAAAAAGCUACGAGCGUCGCCGACGCAGCAUUCGUGCUGGACUGGAUAAGCUCCGGCCCUGGACCGCUGGAGCGACUGACAGAGGUGGCAGUCAACCGGCUAGCCAGGCACCAUGAGCGGACGAGGCGGGCGAGGCGGAGAAUAAACCGCAUCCGCGAGGACGAAGGAGCGCAACAGAAGAAGAUUCGAGAUCGGAUUACCUUGGCUCUCGAACAACGGGACCAGGGAGACAAGAGCCACUUGCCCAUACCGUGGAAGGUGUUGUUGCAGAUGAGCAUGGAGAAUCACGGCGUGAUCGAUGGAAAUGGCUUAGCCGACGUCGAGAACGUCAUGGAGCUGCGCUCUGCGAUUGCAGACUGGCAAGCCUAUUGCGAGCUCGACGCCAAGGACAUCGAUAUGGAUCUCUGGGCAAAGAGGCAACUCACUGGCCGCGAGGCCGAGCGCAAAGCUAUCAACGAGUGGUUCGAGGUAAACGACACCCCCAUGACAGAAGCUGGGUCCGUGUGGAAAGACGUGGCGGCGGCACGCGAGGCGGCGCUUGCAGACUUUGACGCGAACGAGGGUGCAAGUCUCAAGGUCGACCUCGCCGGCAAGGAGAAGCCCGAGUGGGCCGAGAACAAGACGGUCGAGAUGUUUUGGGCGGACUUGAACGACGGUCUCUUCGCCAGCUCAUGGCCCGAGAACGUGGUCCACGGUCGUCUGGCGCCGUUUGGCGUCGCCAAGGGUCGUGUCCACGGGCGACGGUCCAGCGUGUUGUCGAGCAGCGUGCACGUCAUCGGCAGCAACAUCGACGAUGGCUGGAUGCCCAGGGAGCUGGCCGAACCAUACGCGCCGGCCAAACGCGCAGUCAUAGAAGAGCUGGGCGCCGGAGGAAGCGAUGGUCACCAACAAGACGAGGGAGGCAGACCCGGCUCUUCGCACGUCUCGGCGUUCAGGGAGGCUGAAGAGGAGUCGUUGGGCUUCUGGGGUCGCCUACGCGGUAUGUUGGGAGGAGGAAGCAAGCAGCGCAUCGCCGAAGAGAAGCAGUGGCCUUGA